UGUUCAACGUGCCUUUCUUUGUUCCUCCAGACUCUAUGACGGUGCGGAGAGGAAAGAAGCUCAGCAUCUCCAUCCAGGAACACAUGGCCAUCGACGUUUGCCCCGGCCCCAUCAGACCCAUCCGACAGAUCUCCGCCUACUUUCCCCGCCUGUCCCCCACCUCCCCCGGCCCCCUGUCCCCCAACCCGGCCUCCUCGCCGCUGGCCCUCAGCCCUGGCUCCGUGGCGUCCGGGACGGUGGGCGGGGCUCACCUGCUGUCUCCGCUGCUGGCCCAUGGCCGGCCCGGCGGCGGAGGCGGCGGGUCUCUGUCUCUGACCAGCAGCGUGGACACAUCAGUGGAGAUCAACAGCUCCGACAGUGACGACUGCACUGCGUUGGGAACGCUGGAGUUUCAACUUCGAUAUGAGCAGAGCUCCAGCGAGCUGCACUGCACAGUGCUCCGGGCAAAGGGUCUGAAGUCGAUGGACUUCAACGGACUGUCGGACCCGUACGUCAAACUGCACCUGCUGCCCGGAGCCUGCAAGGCCAAUAAGCUGAAGACGAAGACGAUCCGUAACUCCCUGAAUCCAGUGUGGAACGAAACGCUCACGUACAUCGGUAUUACGGAAGAGGACAUGCACAGGAAGACGCUCAGGUUGACCGUGUGUGACGAAGAUAAGUUGACUCAUAACGAGUUGAUCGGAGAGUCCCGGGUUCCUCUGAAACGGGUCAAACCCAACCAGACCAAACAUUUCCACACCUGCCUGGAGCACCCGCCCCCGCUCCCCUCUCCGACCGCCAUGGGGGAAGCCCUGCGAGGAAUCUCCUGCUACCUACGAGAGUGGGAGAAUGAGCAGCUGCACAGCCUGGAGGAGAGAGGGCGACUGCUGCUCUCGCUGCAGUUUCUGCCUCCGCUCGGCGGGGAGGACAAAGAAGUAGACGGAGGAGGUGAAGGGCGUCGCAGCGGGGGUCUCUGUGUCGGCGUAAAGCGCUGCGCCCACCUGGCCGCCAUGGACGUCAACGGCUUCUCCGACCCCUAUGUCAAAAUAUACCUGAAGCCCGACAUACUGAAGAAAUCCAAGCACAAAACGGCCGUGAUGAAAAAGACCCUGAACCCCGAAUUCAAUGAGGAGUUCUUCUACGAGAUCUCCCUGUCGGAGCUCACCAACAAGACUCUGGAGGUGACGGUGUGGGAUUACGACCUGGGACGCUCCAACGACUUCAUAGGCGGCGUGUGUCUGAGCUGUCACUCCCAGGGCGACGCCCUCCGUCACUGGAUGGACUGCCUGAAAAACAAGGGCCGCAGGGUGGAGCAGUGGCACAUCCUGACCAACGAGCUGCCCCGAACCCUCAGCCACGACUGAACGUCAGCGAGCGGGCGGGCAGCUUCCUGCAGACGGUCGGCGGCCACAGGGAAUCCUCGUUAAGGGACGGACACAAGCAACUUUACCGCAGGAAUCUGCAGUAACUGUUUUAAUAAUGCCGGCUGGAGAGCCGGGUGAAGCCGGAGCAGCGCGGUGCUGCUGGUGUGCCUUCAUUAGUGAUCGCUGAGUCAUCCUGAAGAAGAACACUGUCAUUACAACAUUAGCACCAAACUACAACACACGUAACAGACAGAAGAUACACUCCAACAGAGAUUAAACCACAGCUGUACACGUCCGACUCGUACUUGAAAUGAAAUUGCAUGUUUUGUUUCUACAAGAUAGAGAUUUGUCUUAUUGAUACAGGAUUUCUAUUUUAAAUAGUGUCAUGACCCCAUUAGAUCCGCUUGAAAAAGUUGUGGUUUUAAACACGUCGUUAACGUUUUGAGUUAAGUUGAUAAAAAGAUGGAGGUUUGGGUUCAAAUCAGACAUCACUUCACUUCCUGAAGGUUACCACGUGACGUGGCUCUUUUUUUGUUUUGUUUGUUUUCCGUAAAGUUAAAAAAAUUGUCCGGUCUGUGUUUGUUUGACCCUCAACCUGCCUCCUUACCAGGACAUUUGGCGCUCUUAUACUUCAUGUCCCACUUGAUAAUAAAAAGUUAACCUCUUUUUUUAAUUUAAGAAACAAACAGAGUUACAUCGCAUUCUGUGCCACGUGCGUAAUGCGAAUGAAGUCCUGCUAACUUUAUGUGGCUGAAGUUGAUAUUUCACAUUCACAGCAUGAUAUAGGUCAAGAGUUACCUUCUCAUCUUUAAGUGUGUUGAUCACACUGUCAGGUACAUUUCGUUGCAUUUUUCAGGAAGAUCCUUCUCCUUCUUGGCAGCCACUUUGUCUCAGAUUGGUUUUCUGUCUCAGAAAAGUAUCUUAAUAAAAUUCCCUCAGUCCCUUUAGAUCACCUGUGUCAAACUCAAGGCCCGUGGGCCAAAUCCGG